AGGUCCCUUGUUUGGUCUGGUUGAAUUCUUUCCUUUUGGAUAGUACCUCAUGUCACCUUACACCGUCCUUUUGGAUGCUUUAUCCUAUUCUUUCUUUCCCUUUUCCCCUGUCUCUUGUCUUGCGGAAGAAAUUGGUUUUCAGGAGGUCAGUUCCAGACUUUGGCACUGCAGAGUCCAGAUAAUAACUUCCAGCUUCAAAACAGUCCUACAUGGGAAGAGGACUGCAGUUCUGACAAGGAGAUGAAGAGUUUCUGCCACCGAGCAGAGACAUGGUUGCUUCAGAGGUACUUCAUUGUCUGGUCAGCUCGGACUCAGCAACUUGUGAAGGCUCAGCAGCACUGCAGGCUCACUCAGGUGUCCCGAGCCUUUCUCAGCUGGCACCACUGGACCAUGGAAAAUAAGGACCGCAAAGCAGCAGCAGCAGCUCUAAAACAUGAAGUUCAUUGCUGCCAGAUGGCUUUCAGCCUCUGGAAGAAGAGACUGGUGCAGAAAGUGGAGGCUGACCGGAGAUUCAGGUGUCACAUUCACCAGAUGACUGCUGAUGCUCUGUGGCGUUGGCAUUCCUGCUGGCAAAGGAAGCGUACUGUGAGAGAGCUGCAGCAGCAAUGGACUCAGCACAGCUGUCAGGAGAAGAAGAGGUUGGUCCUGCAGACAUGGUAUUGCCAAAUGAGGAAGCAGAAAUAUGCUGCUUUGUUCAGGGAACAUCUUCUCCUGCACAGAUGCUUGGUUGCCUGGGCCCAUGUCACUGCUUGUAGACUGAGGGAGCACGAAGCCCUCUCUUGUUUCAGAAGGGUCAGAGAGCACCGUGUCCUGGCUGUCAGCUUUACUGAGUGGAGGGUGAAAUUCUUGAGAGCUGAACAGCGGGUACUGGGACAGAGAAAGCACAAGUGGCAGGAAACCUCUCAGGGCAAAGCCUAUCACCGCUGGCGACUGGCCUCAAGAGGACGGCAAGCUCUGCACCUAGGAUCUGUGGCUACAGUAAAACAAGCCUGCAACUACUGGACAAAAGCAGCUGCCUUUUCCCAGUGUUCACGGCAAUGCAGUACCCUGAUAGGUGCUAGGAAGAGCAAGAAGAUGUCUCUGUCUUGGUCCAUGAAAAGCAGAAGAGACAAGGAGAAGAGUUCAGCACCUGUUGCCCCUCUUGGGCUUUUUCCCAGUGCCAUUCACCGCUGGCUGGUGAUGUACAGAAACCAAAACAGAGCUGAAAGGCUGCUGCUCCCUCACUUGGUAGAGAGACCUAGUGUGAUAGGACCCUCUUCUACGCUUGCAAGGAUCCAGGAGAACAAAGCAGAGGUGGACUUGGAGAAGUGGGAUUGGAAGUGGCUUGGGAGGAAGUAUCUGAGGAGGUGGCAUCACACAGUGGUGCUUCACAGGUGGCAGCAUAAUAGGAGACUGCGUUGUCUGGCAGGGGCAUGGCACCAGUGGAAAGAAGCCAGCAGGGUGGUGAUGUUGGCUCAAGUAUUGGAUGAGCAGCGGCUGAUAGAAAAGGCCUGGAGAGUGUGGAGACGACGACAUCUGCAAAGCUGUGUGGUGCAGAACUUCUUGGAGGAGGAAGCCAGGAGCCUCCUAUCACAGGCCUUUGGAAGGUGGCGCCAGCUAACAGCAUUCCAGCUCCAGGACAAAGGAGGCUGCUGAAUGGUGGGGCCUGCCUGCAGCUGCUGCUCACUUGAGGACACGUGGAGGAUACAGCUGGCUGUCACAACAAAGAGCUGCUUCUGCACAAGCAAGAAGCCAACGCUCUGCUCACGGGGUAAAAGGAGCACUGCAGUUCAGAAGCAUGAUAGCCAAAGGACAACCAGGAAGAGAUGGUACCUAUGAAAGGUCCUCUUUAAAGGACUUCAUAUCCUACCUCCCUAGAGGCACAAAUGGAGAAGUUAUUCCCCCUUUGUUGUGAGGCUGCAUUCCCCUCUCCUCUGGACCCUCAUUUUGCUGGAGUUGA